AUGGCCCUACCGAGAAAAGCCGAUUCUGCAACUCCACCCGUCACUUCUGCCGAUACCGUGACCGUCGCCGGAGCCGGGACCGUUGGACGAGAUGCAUCGCCGAAACCGGUUCCGAGAGACCGCUCGUCACCCCCGGCGCCACCACCACCACCUUCAGCAGGAUCAACGCCACCCAGGAUACGGCGAAAUACGGCCUGUAUUAAAUGUCGAGACUCCAAGGUAAGAUGUAAUGCAAGUCUUAGUCCGGGACAGCCGUGUCUGCGGUGCACCAAGCUAGACCUCGAGUGUAUCGUGGACAAGAACUACAAGAGAGCGUCGAAAAAGAGCAAGCUGGAAGAGUUGGCGGCCGAACUCCAGUCACUCAAGAACACUGUUGCUCCGAGGCCAUCACUCGGCGGCCUAACUACCGAACUGCCCCCUAUACGUCCGGUUCAGUUCUCGAGCGCGAGUCCGCCAGUCCCUUCACUCCCACAGCUCACCCUACCGGGAACCCUAUCCGGCACCUUGCCCGGAGGACUACCGAACCCUGGAACCCUACCCGGGCCGUUUCUUCCUGGUCUCGGUGUUCCAACACUACCGCCUCCCAUCUUCACUCGGCCACGGCCCUUCUCCAUAUCCAGCGAAACCUCUACUCCCACGCCCAGAGCAAGCGAUGCCACCUCUGUUAGUUUCAGUCUGGCUGGGCUGAGGCGUCCAGCUGAACCUCGAGCCCUCGGUUCACGCGUGUUCUCCGGAGAUGACAUAAACUACUAUUUCGACAAAUACUUUGAGCACUUUCACCCUUACUUCCCCGUCGUUCGCCAACGGGAUCCAGACAUCUGCUAUGAGAGGGGUCACGUACUCUUUUGGGCCAUCAUCAUGACGGCAUGCCGUCGAUUUGCCAAGGAUGACUCGGUAUAUCAGUUUUUGAUGGACUCGCUGUUGCCGGAAAUAUGGAACGCGAUAUCACGGCCGCCGCUGAAGCUGCCCAUCAUCAACGCCUUGCUGCUCGUUGCCACGUGGCCAAAUCCCGAUAUCAGGUUUUUGACUGACCCGUCAAUGAUCUUUACUGGCAUCGCCAUGAACUCGGCUCUCUUGAUAGGGCUUCACACCGGCCGUGGUGCUCAUACAGAGUUUACCGGACUACUCGAUAAAGUCGAUACAACGGAUGAGGAGGCAACGUACACAUGGGCCGGAGCUGCUGCUUAUAUGGGAUGCCCGUCUCCGAGUCUGCUAUUCAAUCAGACCGUAGACUCACUUCUGGACCGAAGUAGCUCGAUAUCGAUGCCCCGCUACUUCAUCUUGCACUUGGAAACCGCCAGGUUCGCCAACAAACUCAUCAGCACAAUGUCUGCCUCCCUUGAACAGUCCCAGGGUGUUUCGCACCGCUUAGUCGCGCAAAUGGAAGAGGAGUAUAGUAAAAUCCAAUGCUUACUGUACCCAGAUAACUCAGACCUCGACAACUUCAUCCUCCUCUCAACCCUCCUCGAAAUCCAGACCUACUAUUUCAUGCCCCUUCCCGGCUACAGCGAAGAGAUGCUCAAGCGCAACGUCAUCAAAUGCUACACCACCGCCGAAGCCAUCAUCAACCAAGCCCGCUCCCUCCAAAGCCAAUCUGCCUUCCUGCACUACUCGCCCAACUUUGUCUUCCGCACCUUGCUCAGCGCCAUCUGCGUGUUCAUGACGCUGAACCUGUCUCAGCCCCCGUCCCCGUAUACGAAAAACCCCAGUAAUGCACUUGAUGCCUCAUACAUGGGCGACACCGCCAACACCAAUAACAACAGCACCGCCAACAGCACCACUAAUACCAAUAACCGCAAUAGUAGCGGGAACAACAUCAAGAACACCGCCAACAACAAGACAACCACCACCUCCACAACCUCCAACGACACAGCCGACCUCUUUGUCCGCGAAGCCCUCCGCAUCCUCCGGUGCUGUUCCGUCCAGCGCGACGACCUGGUCAUGCGCGCCUCAAACAUGGUAGAGAAGUACUGGAACAUGCGGCAUACUUUGCCGCGGUACGAGACGUUGUUGGACCCCACCGAUCCUCAUACGAACAGUCCUCGGCAUCCCCAUAAUCAGCAGGACGGGAUGCGAGGAGCAACGACGGUGUUUAGAAAUCGGCUAGGAUCUAGUCUGACGUUUGGUUGUUUGAGGAGGUGGAAGCAGCACGUUGAGAAGGCUUGGGCGAGUGUUGGUGGGAUGGGCAUGAAUCCUCCGGGCCAUGGGCAAGGCAGCCACCAGGGACAGCAGGGGGGACAAGGACUGGGUCACAGCCAGCAAGGUCACCAACAAGGUGGGCAAGGUCAACAGGGGCAGCAUGGUGCUGGAGUUUAUGGCGACAACGGUGGAUAUGGACAAAGUCAAGGCGGAGGAGGACAAUACACAGGUGCUGUUGCGGGUGGGAUAAGACAAGGUGAUCAACAGGGAAUGAAUGGGCAGGAGGUGCAGAGUAUGCCUGAAGAUGGGGGUGGUGAAGGUAUUCAUGGAAGACUGGGAAACAACAAUCCUCAGGAAUCUUCUCUUGGUGGAUUGGCAGACCCCUUUCAACGGCUCGAAUGGAAUGCGUUUAUGGACGACUUUGACUGGAGCUUUACCUCUAAUUACUUGGGUGUUGGUCCUAUAUAG